AUGAUGAAUUCCCUUAGUAAGGGGAAGAAAUUCCUGACGGAUCUUUUCGAGUCUUCGACUCUCGCUUAUGACCAAAGAGAUGAGUGGUGCACCAAGCUGAAGUCCACCCAGGAGAAGGGUAAAAUGGAUCAGAUGCUACAAGUUCAAGAAAUGCGCGAGCUAAAAAAGGCUUACGACAAUGAGAUCAAGCUGUACAAUUUUCUGGCAAAGAAAGGACUCAAAAGAAUAAACAUGAAACAGGAAGAGAGAGCAGAAGAAGAGAAAAGAUUAAAAGAAGAAGAAGAAAUCAAUCUUUUACAUGGACAUCUAAAGAUAUUGAGAGAUAUAUACGACUAUACAAAAGAAACCGACAUCGAAAAUAUUAUAGAAGACUUCGAAAUGAGAGAACAAGAAAACUUUUCGAUUUACAAACUCUUAAAUGAUUUCUGCGCAGAAAAUCAAGUGCUAAGUCAUGAAGUUACAAAACUUAGACGAGACAUUGAUGACCGAAGGGACUGGAAUGACAUGAUGAGCGGCAAAAGAGAAGAGCAAUUGGACAAUCUGAAUAAGGAAUUAAAAAUACAAAUGACAAAGACACGUGAGAUGAAAGAUAAACAUGACGAAAGAAAACAGCUUAUUGAUAGUACAAUGGAGAAAAUUAGUGACAUUUUCAAAAUGCUGGACUGCAGUAUCGAGCCUUACCAGAACCUUCUCGGUGACAAAGAGCCUUCGCUUAACACCUUCGAUCUGUCGCUGCGGCUCAUCAAUGAAAAAAUUAAAGAAUACAUACACUGUGCUUAUUAUUAUGUAAGUGUUGCAAGAUUGUUGGAGAGAAAGACUUCUGCAGAAGAAGGAGAAAUCGACUUCAUCACGCUUGAAGAGGUACACGGUGAGGUUAGAACCACCGGCUCUGUUCUCGCCGCACCAGAUUGGGACUCUAGUCCCGACCGAGACGUGUCCUGCAGGAGUAAGACAGGGGGACCCCCUUUCCCCAAUACUAUUAUAUCAAUCCUGGAAAACAUCAUUGGCAAGCUGGACUUUCACAAAAUAGGACUUUGUAUAAAAGGAGAAUAUUUAAGUCAUCUUAGGUUCGCAGACGACCUAGCACUUCUGUCAGAGACGGCCGGCCAGAUGCAACACAUGAUAGAGACUCAACACCAAGCCAGUAUCAAGGUGGGGCUCGAGAUGAACCUUAUUAAAACCAAGAUAAUGACCAACAACAGAUGGAAAAAUCCUAUAACAAUCAAUGGAGAGCCACUAAAAUAUGAAAAAUGCUAA